AUGUCAGACCUCGAGAACAACGGAAAUGACUUCGGGCUAUCUGGGAGCCGCGAAGACGCUCUGCAGAGGGUGAGGACGGCGGGCACGCUUUCCAUCUCGCCGGAGCUGUUCGAGAAACUGUACCUCACGCCUCAGACCCCGAGUAAGGCCAGUCUGCGCGGUGUGAUUGGCAACCCGUCCGCACUCGGACUGCUCGGUUUCUCAAUCUCGCUAGGCCCGUUGUGUUGCCAGUUGAUGGAGUGGAGAGGCGUCGCCGGCACGAGUGCGUCGCAGGUUGGCGUUUGGUACGGCAUGGGCGGCGUGCUCAUGAUUAUCGCCUGCAUCCUCGAGUUUAUCAUCGGCAACACAUUUACGGGCGUUUCCUUCGGCACCUACGGUGGUUUUUGGAUUGCCCAGGCAAUCACCCUGACCCCGAUGUAUAACGCGGCCGAGGCCUACCAGCCGGAAGACCCCGCGAACCCCGGAUUCCACGCCUCGUUCGCGUUUGCGCUGGUCUUCAUGGGCGUGCCGACGUUUAUCUUCAUGAUCUGCUCGCUACGCACGAACGUCAUGUACGUGACUCUGUUCGCAACCAUCUUGACCGGGUUCUGCCUGCUCGCUGGUUCAUAUUGGCAGCUCGCCCAGCGGAACAUGGAGCUGGCCCAUGGUCUCCAGAUUACCGCCGGAGCCGUCUUCUUCGUCACCGACCUGCUGGGUUGGUAUAUUUUUACCUUCCUCAUGCUGGCUUCUGUGGAAUUCCCCAUCCAGCUUCCCAUGGGCGAUAUCAGCCACCUUAUUCCGCCUCGUAGGGUGCAGGGCAAGGAGGAGUGA